CCAAAACUAUUAUAUAAAAUUCUCAUGUAUUAUUUUACGUAAAAACUUCCAUGAAAAGAAAAAAAAAAUUAAUAAAAAAUGGACCCUUCAACAAAUAAAGAUAAAAAACAGUUAAAUAAAAAUUUAAAAUGGUACAAUUACAAAAUAAUAACACCAACAAUAUCAAUUCUUCAAGGAACAAUGUCAAUAUCCUCAAAAAACUUUAAAAUCGGAAGUCGUGGUCAUCAAGGAGUAUCAUCAUCAGUUGUUGCAAUUGUAUUUGGUAAUUUAUUUGAUCCAAAAACAUGGACAUCAUCAAUAGUUAAUCGAAUUCUUGAGAUUGGCGAUAAAUUAUAUCGUAAAAGUCAAGCAAGAAAUCACAUUAAAUCGUCUGAAUACAUGACAACAUCACAAAUAUAUCCAGAAUUUUUCAUUGAUGAUUACAAAGCACGUAUAUCAAUAGAGCCAAAUUUAAUAAAUGGAAAUAUAUUAUCAGAGAACCAUGGCUCUCCAGAUUUAUCAGAUGGUCUUGAUAAUUUUUUUAAAAUUGCUGAUGCUGGUAUUUUAACAGUCCAAGGUAAUUCAUUUGCCAUAUGGCAUCAUAAAAAACAUGGAUAUUUUUAUUUUGAUUCAUCAUCAUGCUCAGAUAAUGGUGAAAAAAUUAUAAAUGGUGUUUCUUGUGUUUUACGUUUUAAAAACUUUAAUGAUAUGCGUGAAUUUUUGUUAAAUAAUCUCAAUCGUAAUUAUGAUUCACGUUAUUGUAUUGAUAAAAUAACAAUACUCCAAAUUGCAUUAAUAAAAAGAACUAUUUCUGAUAAUUGUGUACAAAAAAAAACUGUUACAACAUUUAAUUCAGAUGAUUUAUCAGAAAAUCCAAUGGAUUGUACAAAACGAGUACCAACAAUAAAAAAGAAAAAAAAAAUCAUAACAGAAAUAAUAAAAGAACCAUUAACAAUAACAAUAUCAAAUUAUGAUAUUGAAAAAAAAUUUGCAAGUGAUGAUAUUAUUGAUCAGAGUAAUUUUGAUACUGGCUAUGAUUAUUAUGAUAUGGAAGUAAAUAUACCAUCAACAUUUAAAGAGCUCUCUGAAAAUGUGGCAAUUCUUCAUGGCUGGACUCAUGAAAAUAGUGAAAAUUACAAAGGUAAAGGUGCUCAAAAUGUUGCUAAUUGUAUUAUGGCUAUUGGAAUGAAAAAAAUACAUCCAGUUAAAACAUGGCUAAGACCAAAAUUAGAUGAAAUACUUGUUCUUGGUGAUGCACUACAUGCUGAAAUAAAAUUAAAAAAACCAUUAAUUAAAACAAUGACUGCAUCUGAUUUUAAUGAUACUAAAAUACAAAUUGAGGGAAAAAAUAUGUUUGUUGAUGUUGAUUUAAUAACUGUUAUUGGAACAGUUAAUUCAAAAAUACCAUCAGUAUUAAAUUUAAAACAGGCACUUGAUGAAUUUUUUUUAAUUAAUAAAGAUGGUAUUAUUGAGUGUCCAUCAAUGUCAGUUGGUGUAUGGAUGCAAGAUGAAUGUUAUUAUAUUUUUGAUCCAAAACAAUGUGAUAAAAAUGGUGCAAGAGUAAUUGAUGAUAAAAGUAGUAAAUCAGGUGGUAAAGGAAAAAAAGAUACAUCAAUUAUGGAAAAAAAAAUAAAAGGAAAAUGUUGUGUUAUACGUUAUCCAAAUAUUGAUAAUCUUGUUGAUAAUUUUAUUAAAAAUUUACCAAUUGGUAAAAAAAAUGAUAGAUUUAUUAUUCGUCAUGUUUCAAUAAUGCAUGAUAUACCUGGUACACGUCCUUGGAAUGAUUUUAAACCAGCUGAAGCUGGAAAAACAUGGAUACUUCAAGGUACAAUAUCAAAUGAUUCUGAUAUAUUUGAUGAUGAAAAUCGUGGUUUACAAGGAAUUGCAAUGCCAAUAUCAGGAUUAAUAAGUGCAAUCGAAAAUCAGCCACAAAAUUGGACAAAAGAAAUAAUUGACAGUUGUAUUAUUGAAGGUAAUGAAUAUUUUAAUUGGUCUAUUCCACCAGAUGAAGAACAACAACAAGAUAAUCGUCAAUUAAAAAUUGAUAAUUUAAAAACAACUCUUUAUAAUAAAAAUAGAAAAAUUAAAAUUAAUUUACAAGAAGAUUGUGUUGUUGGUGAUAUAAAUGCAACAACAGAUGCAAAUAUUUUAAAUUUAAAAAAAGGUAUUAAAAAAUUUUUUGAUACACAAAAUUAUGGAAUAAUAAAUGUCAAAGAUUUAACAAUUGGUAUAUGGAAAUUUGAGGAAGAAUUUAAAGAUAAAACAAAACAAAUAUCAUAUUAUUUAUUUGAUCCAUAUCCAAGAAAUGAAAUUGGAAUAAAUGAUUUAGAAGCGAUGGAGGAUGAAUUGACAGCAUGUGUUAUACGUUCAUUGGAUUCAGAUGAACUUGCAAGAAUAAUAUUAGAAAAUAUUGAUGUUGAAUCAGUGGAUAAUGAUAAUUUUACAAUUCAUGGUUUUAAAAUUUUAUCAACAAGUGAAUAUAUGACUAAUGAAGAGAUUGAUAUUGAUAAAAAAAUUCCAAUUAAACCAGAUUUAAAUGGUUACAGUGAGCUUGGUAAUGAUGGUGGAAUAUUAAGUGGAAGUUUUGAACAAUCAAAUGUUUUAUUUAAAAUAUUAACUAGAAAUAAACAACAAGCAGCAAAUGCACUUGUUACAUUGGCAAUGAGACAAAUGUAUAAUCCUCAUUUGUGGUAUCGUGAAGUUGUCGAUGAUAUAUUAAAGUUGGGUGACAAAUUGACACAGGAAAAUUUUAAAAAUCUUCCUGCCGAGCAAGACGAAGCUGAAGAUGAUAAAAAAGAAUUAAGACAAUAUCUUUUACCAUCAGAAAUUGAUGAAGGAUUUGAUAUUGGUGUCAAUCGUGUCACAGUUGGUGUUGAGGAAGAUAAAAUUUCAGGUAAAAAUGUAACAGAUAUUACUAAAGCAUUAGAAGAAUUUUUUGCUGAUAAUAAUGCUGGAAUAUUGAAAAAAGAUGAUAUUAUUAUUCCCAUAUGGCGUGAAGGAAGUGUUUAUUUUUUCUUUGAUCCAUUUGGUAGAGAUGCAACUGGUGAACCAAAAGAAAAUUCACCAGCUUCUGUAAUGUGGUUUACAAAUAUUCCUUCAUUUUCUAGUUUUAUUGUAAAAUUAUUUCAAGAUAAACCAGGAAUUUUUUCAAUCGAUGGUGUUACAUUGUACAAUGAGUAUGAAACUAGACUACGAGAAGAAGAACGACCAAAAAAAACAACAUCUACGGAAAAUCUUUGGCAUAAUUUUCCAAAAAUUGACGAAGGUAUUUGGCAGUUGAAAGGAAAUAUUUCUCUAAAUGAUGAAAGGUUUGAAGAAUUUAAUAGAGGUAAACAGUCAGCUGGUGUUGCACUAAUGUCUGUAGUAUUUUCAAAAGUUUAUGAAUCUCGUCAAUGGUCAGCAGAUAUUCUCGAUGAAAUUGUCAUAACUGGCGAUAAACUUUUUGCAAAAUCAAUUGAUGGUCCUGAUAGCUCAAUACCCAGAAUAAAUCAAAUUGUUUCUGAAUUUUUUUUAUCAAAUCGUCGAAUUUGUCUUAAAAUAACUGACUGUGUUGAAGCUGGUAAUCUACUGGGUUCUUCGAACAUCCAAAAUCUACAAUCAGGUCUCGAUAAUUUUUUCAAUAAAUUUACUUCUGGUGUAUUGACAAUAAAACAAAAUACCAAUGACAUAAAUAUUGCAAUUUGGAAAUCAAAAGAUCAUAUUUUUUGUGUUAUUCCAAAUGCACUUGUUUCUUCUUCAACUCCAGAAUCAGAUAAUUCAUUUAAAGUCACAGUACUUCGUUUUAAAAAUAUAGAAAUAUUUUUUAAUUAUUUUAAAUCUUUACUAUCAACAUCUGAUAAAAUUCAAGAUGAUGAUAAUAAUAAUAAUAAUAGUAGUCAAGAUUUUGAAAUAUCAUUUGUUGAUGUUAUUGAUUGGAAUAAAUUUCCUCCAUGGAAACAUGAUCCAAGUCCAGCAAUUCGUCCGACAAAUUUACCUCCUCUCAAUGCUUAUAAACAACUUGAAAAUCCAGCAAGAGCAAUUUUACAAGGUGGAAUUCAUCAAGGUUCAGAAUUAUUUUCAUCAUCAACUCGUAAUCGUCAAACAGCAGCAAAUUGUGUUGUUUCAUUGGCAAUGUCAUUAAUUAAAAACCCCAUUACCUGGACAAAAAAAAUUCUUGAUGAAAUUUUAGUAAUUGGAAACAGUGUUCAUCGUGAAUCUUUAAAAAUCACAAAAAAAGAAAAAUUAUUACCUGUAGAUAUAACAAGAAUUUUUACAAUUGGUGUUAAUGUUUUAACUGUCGAUGUUGAUAGCUCAACGGUGUCUGGGCUAGUUGCAUUGCCACCACCUGAGCCCGAAGUCAAAGGUAAAGGAAAAGCUAAAGCUAAAAAACCACCAAAACCAAAGAAAAAAAAAGGAAAACAAAAAAGAGAACCACCUCCACCACCUCCACCAAUUUAUUUAGAAGAAGGAUUAAAAAUUUUCUUUGAUAAUAAUCGUGCUGGUGUAUUGGUGACUGGUAGAUUUAUGAUAGCAAUAUGGAAAGAACAAGGUGUUUAUUAUUAUUAUGAUCCACGUGCAAGAAAUAAUGUUGGUCUUGCUGAUGAUGAUGGAGUAUCUUGUGUUCUUUGGUUUGCAUGUAUUGAGCCAUUUUAUGAUUUAGUUUACGCCAACAUUGAUGUGUCUGAAAAAUAUGGUAAAUAUAAUAUAUGUCGUGUUGUUGCAAGAACAAAUUUAAUUGAGCCAUUACCAUGUCCAGCUGAGUUUGAACCAUUUAUUGAUUGUCCUGAUAAAAAUAUUCCAAUUUCAUCAUUUGAUGGAAACAAGGUAGCACUGGAUGUCGAGCAAUUGUCAAGCUUUAAUAUUGUUGAUGAUGAUGUUGCUGUUUUAAAUGGUAAUUUUAGUAUGUUUGACAGAAUUUUUAAUGCAAAUAAUCGUGGUUUUCAAAGUACAGCAAUGUCAGUUAUUUCAAUUGUCGUUGGACUUGUUCAUAUACCAUCAACAUGGACUGAUAAUUUAAUUGAUUUUAUUCUUAAAUAUGGUGAUAUAUUGCAUAAUGAUUCUGUUAGAUAUUAUCGUACUGGAUCGAGAAAUUUAUCACCAUCUGAAAUACUUGAUACAUUUAUUAUUGGUGAUUUUAAAGCAACAAUUCAUAUUCAUCAACAUACUGUUGCUGGUAUUUUAAUUAUUGAUGAUUUACAACAAUCGUUAAAUUUUUUUUUUAAAAAUCAUUGUGCUGGUGUACUUCAUACUGCAAAUUAUUCUGUUGGUGUUAUGCAACAUUAUGGAGUUUUUUAUAUGUUUGAUCCAGCAGUAAGAAAUGAAAAUGGUGAUGCAAGUUAUAAUGGUACUGCUUGUGUUAUUAAAUCCACUGAUUUAAUCAGAAUUUCAUGGAUAUUUGUGACAAAUUGCAAUUAUAAAAUUCCCUGUGUUUACACUCUUAACGCAGUUAAUGUACUAAAUAUUAAAUUUUUUUCAGAGAUAAGUAAUUCCAUUGAAAAAUAA